AUUCGUUCAGCAGUCAAACAAUCGUACAAAAGCCAGCCGCUUCGUGGUAGCAGUCUUGUUUCAAGCCGGGCAUACUUUUUGCGUUUUUGCAGUGCAAUUUCCUACAAUUUGUGACGGUAUUUAGGGAUUUUUCGAAGAGCAGUUUCGUGUUACAUUUUGCGAUAUUUGUUUCAUCUGGCGGGUGCUCUAGUGUCUCAUCACGGAGGCGCACCGGUUCCCUUAGUACGGCUUAAUGUCUAGUGGUGAAUUUUGUGACAGUUCCGCCGUCGAUCCCCCAGCCGCCAAAAAGCGGAAGCUGCCUUCAUCGCCCACGUCUUCGUCGUCGUCGUUGUCGACUUCCUCCACUGCAGCAACAGCAGCAGUAGUAGCCGGACAGCAGCAGCAACAACAACAUCAAGUAGAAGAAGAUUCAGUAGCAGUUGUAAUGGCGACGGCAAACAACAAUGGAUCGACACCGUUCGAGGGUAUUGAUGGUCAGGAAAUCGAUGAGGGACUCUACUCGCGGCAGCUCUAUGUUCUUGGUCACGAUGCGAUGCGUCGGAUGGCCCGUUCCGAUGUGUUAAUCUCCGGACUCGGUGGUUUGGGUGUGGAAAUAGCGAAAAAUGUUAUCCUCGGUGGUGUGAAGUCUGUCACUUUGCAUGACAAAGCGCUUUGUUCGCUGGCGGAUCUGUCAUCACAGUUCUAUCUCACGGAUGGCGAUGUUGGAAAAAACCGUGCCGAAGUCAGCUGCCGCCAGCUGGCAGAAUUAAACAACUAUGUGCCUACCACCGCGUACACAGGAGAACUCACCGAGGAGUUUCUCCGCAAGUUUCGGGUUGUGGUGCUCACUCUAACGACACCAGCGGAACAGCGUCGGAUCGCGGAGUUAACCCAUCGGCACAACAUUGCUCUCAUUACGGCUGACACCCGGGGUCUGUUUGCGCAAAUUUUCUGUGACUUUGGCACCGAUUUCACCGUGUAUGACACAACCGGAGCCAAUCCGGGUUCGGCAAUGGUAGCUAGCAUUACCAGCGACGUAGACAGUAUUGUGACCUGUUUGGACGAAAACCGACAUGGUUUCGAGGAUGGGAAUUACGUUACUUUCACCGAGGUUGAAGGUAUGGUUGAGCUGAACGGAUGUGAUCCCAUUAAAAUUAAGGUUUUGGGACCGUACACAUUUAGCAUCGGUGACACGACUAAGUUGAACAGAUAUGUUCGUGGUGGAAUCGUCACCCAGGUCAAGAUGCCAAAACAGAUGACUUUCAAGUCACUUAUCGAAGCUGAAAAUGCCCCCGAAUUUAUCUGUUCAGAUUUCUCUAAAUGGGACCAUCCACAGAACACGCAACUUGCAUUCACGGUUUUAGGAAGAUACCAGGAAAAGUAUAAUCGUUUGCCACGUCCAUGGAAUGUCCAAGAUGCCGUUGAGUUCGUCGAGAUGUGCAAGGAACGCGCCAAGGAACUCAAACUGGACGAGAUAAACGAUCGAAUGCUGACGACAUUUUCUAAAGUGUGUGCCGGAGAUCUAUGCCCGAUGAACGGAACAAUUGGUGGCAUAACAGCACAAGAAGUUAUGAAAGCAUGCACCGGGAAAUUUACACCGCUAUUCCAGUACCUUUGUUUGGAUGCGGUUGAGUGUCUACCCGAAGCUGAAUUAACCGAAGAAGAGUGUCAGCCUAUUGGAUCUCGGUAUGAUGCUCAGAUUGCUGUUUUCGGACGCAAGUUCCAAGAGGUUUUGAGUAAAUUAAAGUAUUUUAUUGUUGGCGCCGGUGCGAUCGGGUGCGAGUUGUUGAAAAACUUUGCAAUGAUUGGAGUUGCCUCCAGUAAUGAGGGAGAAAUCAUUGUUACCGAUAUGGACCUGAUCGAGAAAAGUAACUUGAAUCGACAGUUCCUGUUUCGACCUCACGACGUCCAACAGCCAAAAUCUCGUGUCGCUGCUCAGGCCGUCAAGCGUAUGAACGGAGAGAUCAAUGUGAUCUCUCACGAAAACAGAGUCGGCGUUGAAACGGAGAAGGUUUACGAUGACACUUUCUUCGAAAGGUUGGAUGGUGUGGCCAACGCUUUGGACAACAUUGACGCACGUAUAUACAUGGAUCGUCGAUGUGUUUACUACAGAAAACCGCUGCUAGAGUCGGGAACACUCGGUACUUUGGGAAACAUUCAGGUUGUUGUACCGUUCCUCACUGAAUCGUACAGUUCAUCGCAGGAUCCGCCAGAAAAAUCGAUCCCAAUUUGCACUCUGAAAAACUUUCCAAACGCGAUCGAACACACACUGCAGUGGGCUCGCGAUAUGUUCGAAGGCAUCUUCAAGCAGUCGGCGGCAAACGCUGCUCAGUACAUAUCCGAUCCAACUUUCAUCGAUAGAACGCUUAAGCUGCCAGGCGUACAGCCGUUGGAAGCACUUGAAUCCGUUAAGACUGCCCUAAUCGACGAGAGACCGAAGAACAUUGAAGAUUGUGUCAAAUGGGCUAGAAUCCAUUUCCAGGAGCAAUAUUCUAACCAGAUACGGCAGCUCUUGUUUAACUUUCCUCCCGAUCAGCAGACUACGACCGGUCAACCGUUUUGGUCGGGACCGAAACGUUGUCCGGAAGCGAUCACGUUUAACGUAAAUGAACCGCUUCAUCUGGAUUACGUUUUCGCGACGGCCAAUUUGCGCGCGGAAGUCUACGGUAUCCCACAGUUGCGCGAUCGGUCCCAAAUUGCAGAACUGGUGAACAAGAUCCAGGUCCCCGUGUUCACACCGAGAUCGGGCGUCAAAAUUGCCAUCACCGAUGCGGCGAUGCAGGCUGAGGCUAAUGGAGCUUCCGGCGAGGAGCUCGAUCAGGAUCGCAUUACCCGCCUGCAAAAUGAACUUGCUUCGCUCGGUCGCCUUGAUUUCAGCAUUACGCCGCUCGAAUUCGAAAAGGACGACGACAACAAUCUUCACAUGGACUUCAUUGUGGCGGCAUCGAAUUUACGUGCGGCCAAUUAUAAAAUUCCGCCCGCUGACCGACACAAGUCCAAGUUGAUCGCGGGCAAGAUUAUUCCGGCGAUCGCCACUACGACAUCGCUCGUAGCCGGUUGCGUUUCGCUCGAACUGUACAAGCUUGCUCAAGGCUUCAACACGCUGGAUCGCUUCAAGAAUGGGUUCCUGAAUUUGGCAUUGCCAUUCAUCACUUUCUCGGAACCGAUUGCAGCAAAGAAACAGACUUACUACGACAAGGAGUGGACCCUCUGGGAUCGUUUCGAAGUUCAAGGCGAGCUUACUUUGAAAGAGUUUCUGGAUUACUUCGAGCGUGAACAUAAGCUGCACAUUACGAUGCUGUCGCAGGGUGUCUGUAUGCUUUAUGCAUUUUUCAUGGCCAAGGACAAAAAGGCAGAACGGCUCAGUCUGACCAUGUCGGAGGUGGUAAGGCGUGUCUCGAAGAAAAGCAUUGAACCUCACAUCCGUGCACUUGUUUUUGAGAUUUGCUGCAAUGAUGAUGAAGGUAGUGAUGUGGAAAUACCCUAUGUGCGUUAUUCCUUGCCGUGAAAUGUGAUUUCAAGGACCCAAAUACACACAUACUCACACGUAUCCUAAGGAGUUGUUUUAAACACUAACACACCAACGCAAAUACAGAUCAGAGAACGAAAUUGAACCAUUUAUUAUAACCAUUUGAUUAAUGAAAGUGAUCGGAUUCUAUUAUAUGGCAGCAGUCGAAUUGAAAUUCAAUGCCAUACUACCAGCCAUGGUUCUGCUUUUCAACAUCUUGCCGUAGUAUUUUUUACCGUCUUGGAAAAAAAUCGAGUUACUGUAAAAUACAGCAUAUUUUUAAUAUUUCUUGUUUUCUUUAUUUUGCAGUUCGAAUCUGUUGAUUGAAACGCACUUUUUUCUUUUAAAUCGUCAUCCGAAGUUUCUGUUUUUCAUUCAUUCAUAGUUCGAUUUGCAGUGCGUUGCAUUUUAAUCGUAUGUACUAACAUUGAAUCUGAACCAAGUAGUAAAGUUUGUUGUCUGUUUAUUUCUUUUUUUGUAACUUAUGGUUCAACAGAUCAGGUUUUCCCUCACAUUACACCUGCAGAAGUGGAAAUUAUUUCUAAUAACUCCCACUAGCUUGCAAAAGAAUGGUGAUAGGUAUCCACCUUGUUAGAUAUGAAUGCGAAAAAUGAGCGUGUGAUUGUACAACAAUUAAACUAGUAGAUUCGACCGGAAGAUCCAGGCAGUUGACCGGAGAUGUAGCAGAUGAUUAGAUUUAGAAUCGUUUCAAGUAAUCCAGGUUAUUAAAAAAUCUUACGCAUUGAAACAAUGACUAUGACUUAAUGAACGCAUUUUGGAUGUAUUGCUUACGCCAAAAAGGAUCGAUUAUACUAAACAACAUAGCGUUCUAUGGGGGAACUAAACAGUUGUGACGCACAGAAAAAAAUAUGUAACAGACCUUACUUGUUCAGGGGCAAAGUAUCUACUUCAAUUUCUAACAUACUUUUCAGUUCUUAUUUAUUAUUCAAAAAUAAUCAGUAAAAUUAUAUAGUUAUUUCUUGAUUUCCAACAUGUCCUUGAAACUGAUAUCCUGUUACUGAAAAUACCAGGGUUCUGUGCUGCUGCGACAGUAAGGUCUGUAAAACAUGAGAUGAUUAAAUAAAAUAAAUACACGUAAGGAAGUAAUGGAAACUGUCGUGCAACCUCCCAGUGUAGGCAAUUUACAUUCAUUUGUGGGAAAAGAAGAUUGGACAAAAUAGAAACAGUAUGCAAACUAUAAGAAUAAUGUGAGCAAACGAGGAUGCAAAGGAUUAUAAGAAAUAAAUAAUUUUUACUGAAUGGUGAGCAGUACUUUAAACUAAAACAAUCUACGGUCACAUUUCAUCCAUGAGAUAAAAACAGGCAAAAGCAAAGCAAAUGUAUUGUAUUUGAAAAUAAAUUAUGAUCAGAAAAUUUUCAAAA